UACUAAGGUUUAAUUCAUUUUGGAGGGCGUCCCUUGCUCAUAUAGUAGUUCUUGGCAGCCGUUAAUCAUGAGUCAUAUAAAGAGAAGAGGAUCAAAUCGUCACAAAUCGUAUGGAGAUAUGGCAGAACUGGAACGCAAGAUGGAGAGAAACUACGAUAAACAGGCYGAAAUGCAGUGCAGAGACUGGUUGGAGAUGAUGACUGGAGAGACUCUUAACUGGGGUAUAGAACACGAAUAUAGUAAYCCAUGGGAUGGUUUCGCUGAUGCCCUGGAUGAUGGUGUUAUUUUGUGCAGAGUCAUGAACGAAGUAGAACCAGGCGCUAUUAAAAAGUAUCACUCAGGCGACAAGAUGAAAGACGCCAAGAGGCAAGAAAACAUUUUCCUGUUUAUAGACGCAUGUCAGAAGUCUCCCUUCAAUUGCCUUCCGGUUGACAUGUUCGACCCAGCAGACUUGUACGAGAGAAAAAACAUGGGCAAGGUAGUGAAUGCCAUUCAGGCUUUCGUUCGAAAGGCUCACAAGUAUGACAAAACGGUUCCUUUGUUUGGACCCAGGCAACACGAACCUAACGAACGAGAAAACCAUGGGACUCAAUAGGAUGACAGAAGGACACAGAGUUGAUUGCGGCCCGCAUACAUGAUAUGUAGAGAAACGUUUCACAUUUGUCUUCAAAUGACUUAGAAAUCUAAAAUUACUUAGAACAUCUUAAUAAAAAUAAAAUUAAUCACCGAUGGACUG